UCCAAAGUUAACAAUGAAAAUGGCUGCUAUGGCUUUCAUACCCGGCGACGGCGAGAGAAAACAAGCGGGAGAGGAUGCAGAGAGCUCAGGGAGGAGUGGCAAUGAAGAGGAAAAUGAGGACCUGUCAUGUGAAGAGGAGGAAGAAGGAAGUGCCGGGAAGGUCGAAGCCGGUUCGUUGAAGCUCCUCGUUGCCGUGAGCUCUGCCCAGACCAAGAAGAAGAAACACAAGCACCGCAGCAAACACAAGCGACAGAAGCACGUCUCCCCAGAGGUCAAGGAGCGGCGCCACGGGCACCGGCACAAGCACAAGAGGCACAAGCGUAAAGACAACCCCUCAACCGAUGUCUUCUCAAACUGUGGCGAUGACGACGCUUCCCUGUACUCCUCCUCUGCCAAGCACCCAAGACUGGAAGAUGAUGAGAUGGCACUUCUGGAGGAGCUGGAGAAACAGAGGGCCCUGAUCCAAGCCGAGCUAGACGGUGAACUGACUGAGGGGGGCAGGGGGGUACAGUCGGACAUGGGGCUCAUACUCCAGGGCUACCACUCUGAAGAGGAGGAGGAUGGGGAGCUUCAGGUGGAGAGGGAGCACAAUGGGCAGCACUGGUGUAUAGCGGCAACAGGUCCCGGGUCCGGCUCAGGCUCACAGACCGCUAAGGACACCUGUAGAGGACGACGAGAGUCGAUAGAUGCCGGAAAAGCUAAGCAGAGCAAUCCCAAUAAAAAUGCCAGGAAGAGCAGGACAGACGGGAAGACCAAGGAUCGGAUGAGAGGACGGAGCACUUCCAGGGAUAGAGACGGCAGAAGACAUUCCAGGAGUUCAGUGUGCUUUAGGUCUCCUCCUGGCACCAGCAAGCAGCCUUCCCCACCGGCUCAGAGCAGAGGAGCCCAAAACCAGGAGCCCAGCGGCAGCAACCACAAGUCACCCGAGCACUACAAGGCCAGGUGGCCAGAUAAGGAAGGGGACAAGGACAAGAAGGCGUCCAAGUCCCCCGCCAAGGACGCUUCCUCUGGGAAGGAGAACCGCUCUCCAGGCCUGCGAGGGAGGCCGCCAGGCCCCGCCCUCCUGCUGCAGCACAGCACGUCCCCAUCACAAUGUCAGAACUCCCUGGACUCAUCCUCAGGCCCCCAGGCAGCUGAGCGAAGGGCCAUGUCACCGUCACCACCCAGAGGGGGUCACCCACGCUCCCCGGAGAGUCGAAGGAGAGUGAUUGACCGACUGAGACUUCCACCUGGCAGGAUGUGGAGCCAGGAAGAGGCAGGGGUCCGUAGGGACACUAGCCCGGCCCUAGAUGCCCGACGACGGUUCAGCCGCUCACCUUUCAGGCGGAGAUCGCGCUCUCCCAGGAGAUGCAGCAGGUCACCUUUCAGGCGGAGAUCGCGCUCUCCCAGGAGAUGCAGCAGGUCACCAUUCAGGAGGAGGUCGUUGGAUCGGUUGGGACGGAGGCUGCGGUGGCGUUCCAGAUCCCAGGAGAGGAGAUGGAGCCGGGACAGAGAGGACAAGUUCAAAGGCAGCCUCUCGGAGGGAAUGAGGGUCGACAAGGAGGACUCUGAAGAUGAAGUGCUGGAAGAUUACGAUGUGGAUGAGGAGGACGAGGAGGCUCUCAUUGAACAGAGGAGGCUACAGCGCCUGGCCAUCGUCCAGAAGUACAAGGGAGGGAACGAGGGUAGUAACAUGUCGGCACCAUCGGAGCCCGGCAGCCCCCAGAGCAGCCCACGCAGCCGCUCGCCGUCGCCAGACGACAUCUUGGAGCGCGUGGCGGCCGAUGUCAAAGAGUAUGAGCGGGAAAACGUGGACACCUUCGAAGAAAACAUCAAGGCAAAGCACAACCUCAUCGAACAGGAAAAAGACGAAGGAACCAACCAGAAAAAAACAUCCGCCCCUGAUAUGUUCACUGAAUCGGAUGACAUGUUCGCCGCCUACGAUAGUGCAAGGCUUCGAGCAGCAGGCAUUGGGAAGGACUUUAAGGAGAACCCCAACCUCCGAGACAACUGGACAGACGCAGAGGGAUACUACCGACUAAAUAUCGGGGAGAUACUGGACAAGCGGUACAGCGUGUACGGCUACACGGGCCAGGGGGUGUUCAGCAACGUCAUCCGCGCCCGAGACGUGGCCCGCGCCAGCCAUGAGGUGGCCAUCAAGAUCAUUCGGAACAACGAGCUCAUGCAGAAGACUGGGCUGAAGGAGCUGGAGUUCCUUAAGAAGCUCAACAAUGCUGACCUGGACGACAAGUUCCACUGUCUGCGGCUCUUCCGACACUUCUACCACAAGCAGCACCUCUGUCUGGUCUUCGAGCCUCUCAGUAUGAACCUGCGCGAGGUACUGAAGAAGUAUGGCAAAGACGUGGGCCUCCACAUCAAGGCGGUGCGCUCUUACAGCCAGCAGCUCUUUCUGGCCCUGAAGCUGCUGAAACGCUGUAACAUCCUGCACGCCGAUAUCAAACCUGACAACAUCCUGGUCAACGAGUCGAAAACCAUCCUCAAGCUCUGUGACUUUGGUUCAGCGUCGCACGUGGCAGAGAAUGACAUCACGCCCUACUUGGUCAGCCGGUUCUACAGGGCGCCGGAGAUUAUCAUCGGGAAGCCUUACGACUAUGGGAUCGACAUGUGGUCCGUUGGCUGCACUCUGUAUGAGCUGUACACGGGCAAGAUACUUUUCCCAGGGAAAACCAACAACCACAUGAUUAAGCUCGCCAUGGACAUCAAGGGCAAGAUGCCCAACAAGAUGAUCAGGAAAGGCGUGUUCAAGGACCAGCACUUUGACCAGAACCUCAACUUCCUGUACACAGAAGUAGACAAAGUCACUGAAAGGGAGAAGGUGACAGUGAUGAGCACCAUCAACCCCACCAAGGAGCUGCUGGCUGACAUGGUGGGCUGCCAGCGUCUCCCUGAAGACCAGCGCAAGAAGGUUGCCCAGCUCAAGGACCUGCUGGACCUGACCCUUAUGCUGGACCCGGCCAAGAGGAUCAGCAUCAACCAGGCCCUGCAGCACCCCUACAUCCAGGAGAAGAUCUUCUGAGCAUCUCUUACUGUACCACUCACAGUCAUGCAUUGAUUGAUUGACACAUCCAGAAGCUAGUACUGAGUCCCUAGUUUGACUAUGGUUGGACCCCACCCCAGCCCAAGAAAUGGAUUUAUUUGAGCUGGCAGACUCUGCUGAUGGAGAGGAAGUAGUAUUAUCUUUCUUCCCUGUUUGAACAACACACACAUGCUCUCCCGUUUUACAUUGAUCUAAGGACUUGUAUUAUAUAACCAUAGUGUGAACGUUUAUAUGUUUAAUCGAAAUUGAAUCCUUAACGUUAAGGGAAAAAUGAAACUGUGUUUUUUUUUCUCUACAAAUUUCAAUCCCAGUGCAGUUAUCACAAAACUACCACUAACAGGUCCUGAUCAUCAUAAAGGGAAUAGGCCUACCUAACACAACAAUGCUGUAACGUUAGUAAGAGGGGAUGUGCAUCCGCACGUCAUCGUCGCUAACAGUUUGAAAAAAAGUGCUUAUUACAGUUGGUAUGCAUCUGUUUUCAAUGGACUAUUUGAGUUGUGAGGUCAUUUGUUAAAUGAAGAACUGCAAACGCCAUUUGAGCCUCGACUCACGCUACUGAAACGGGUGCGUCUUUCUCAUAAAUUUCACAGUUUACUCCCAUUUCAACAGGGUGUUAUUCCUUUCAUAAUGGUAGUUGAGACAUAUAGUUAACAGCAUUAGAAAGCUAAAAUGAUUCCCUUUUUAACCAACCUAUAUUUAGUGGGAUUUCUUUUGCCCUGUGGUUUAUUUGUGAGCUUAAACUUGGUGGCAGGCUUUUGUUAAUCAUGAAAUAAAGUAGCCCCCUAGACUAUUGAAUACACAAUUUGCCUUCAUCAAAAUAAUGUUUUUGUUUCAUAUUUUAUUAUGGAACCUGCCUAGGUUUAGGGGGGGUUGUAAACCUAUUCUAAAUGGAACACUAUAGCAGUUCACAAAAAAGCCUAAAAUAGCACUGCAGUUAUUCCAAAUCUGCAGUGCGUGGCUGGAACACAUUUCCCUACGUUAAUCAACCAGUCCAUUUUGAAUUUGUGAUAAAGCUGUCGUGAUUCGGCAAGGAAUGUA